AUGGAUCAGGAAGGCGGAGGCUCUUCUGGCCACGGAGGGAAGCGGAGGGGCAGAGGGCGUCCGCAGCGAAGACCGCGGAGAGCCGACGGCGCUCCCGCGGAGGAAGGCGGUGAAGCCUGCCGCGGCUUCGAGGAAGCGCGGCGGAUGGGAGACGGCGACUCAGCGAGCAGAAACAGCAGCCCUGAUCCCGAAAUUGUGAAUUGCGGAGAGGCGGAACUCACGCACCAGCGCGCAGAAGAAGGGCACGCUGGAAAUGAGCGCCAACGGGGGAAAGCCAAGCGCCGUGCGCGCGCACGCGACCGCGGCGGAGGAGCUGCGCCAGAAGGACAGAAAGGCGAAGGCGAAGAAGGAGAAGAAGAAGACCAGGAAUCAGACAGAGGCGAAGAAGAAAUCAGAGGAAUGGAACCGACGCGAGGGACGGAGGCUGGUGCACCCGACACCGAGAACGACGACGGCGACGGCGGAGCGCAGACCCCCCGUGCGGGAACAGAGCUUUAUCGCAGACAGGCGAAGGUCACCUCUUCAGGGAUGCAGGCGGCGUGGAAAAGGCGGAAAAGAGGCGGCGAAGCUAUCUGCAGCGCCUCCGAAGACCCCAGAGAAGAAGAGGAUCUCACAGGCGGCGCCAGGAUGGCCUCAGAGACCCCACAGCUCGAGCGCCGCUCACGCACCAAGCCGGGAAGCACAGAGAGGAGAGCGAGCGAAGAGGCGAACGCUGCGGGCGACGCGGGUUCAGGGUUAGUCGGCAAUCGAGGCGCGGACGACGACGCUCUGCAGAACGAAGAGGGAGGAGAGGGCAGGUGCCCAGUUGAGUCCUCCUCAGCCGAGUCUGAUGCAUCAGCCUCGAGAAAGAGAAAGAGACGCCGAAAGCUCGAGGGCCCCGGUGCGCAGGCACAGCUGCCUUCGCUCGCACCGCGGCGUUCGAAUUCGCACCCUGAACCUCGUCUUUUAGUGGCGCCUUCGGCUGCGUCGUACCCCUCCGCCCCUCCGUCGGCGUCGCCCGCGCCGCAGGCCGAAAACGCUGCGCAUCUUCUUCUUCUGCCGUCUGCUUUUUCGCCGCCUGCAGACCUCGCAGGGCUCGCCCGCGCAGCGGAGGCACGUGCGACGACGGCCUCCUCUGCGUUGGUCAGCGUAGCCGCUUCGAAGCGCGGAAAACGCGCGAGAAGCGGCACGGCGGCGGAGUCGAGUGAUGCAGACCCGAAGAGACUGUCCCUGUUCCAUCGGUUUGAUCGGGGCGUUCAACUCGACGCAGACAUGUGGUGGUCGGUUACCCCCGAGGCCAUGGCGCUGCAAAUGGCUUCCUGCUGCGCCUGUCCGCUCCUCUGGGAUGCAUUCGGCGGAGUCGGGGGCAACGCGGCUCAUUUCGCGCGGGGCUUCUGCGGUUUCGUCGUUUGCUCUGAGCUCUCGCCGGCGCGCGUGCGGAUGGCGCAGCGGAAUGUCGCAGUCUACGGCCGCGCAGCCGCCUCGCGGGUCGACUUCAUCCUCGGCGACUUCCGGCAUCUGAGCACGCGCAUCUUUCGGCCGGGGGUCUUCCACGGGGCAUUCCUCGCGCCUCCAUGGGGCGGCCCGUCGUACCAGGCUUCGCCUGUCUUCAGCUUGGGGCGCCUCGGCGGAGAGCUCAACGGUUUCAAGCUCGUCCGCAGCGCCGCACGCGUCGCCGAAAACGCUGCGCUCUUCCUGCCGCGCAACACUCGCUUGAGAGACAUCCAGCGCCUCGCGGUGGAGUUUGAGCGCGGCAGCGCCAGAGGCGAAGACUGCGGGGUGAAGCGAGACGCGAGCGAAGAAAGCGAAAAGGGCGAGCAGCGCGUGGAGUCCGGAGACACCGCGCAGGAGGCUGCCCAGCGUGCAGAAGAGGGGCAUGCUAAAGCCCCAGAUGCUUGCGAGCACAUAGAAGACGACACAGACGACACUGGAAGAUGCCAAGAGUCGCCCGAGCGCGUCGAGAGAUGGGGAGAGAUUGAAGAGUCGUGCGAGAGACAAGCGUUGGAUGAUCACGCUCGAUGCGACGAAGAGGGCACUCAGAAAAAACACGCUUUACAAACGCCAGCUCGGGCGCCGGGCGCCCGCUCCACCGGCUCCAGCGAAAGCGACGCGAGGCUCCCUCGCAGCGCCGCGGCGUCGCCCUCCUCUUCGAAAGCAGUGGCGCCACUUGCGGUGAUCUUGAUGCACAUCAACCGCGCGCAAUUCAGCGGCAAGGCGCCCAAGUUGCGGGCGCUGCCGCCGCGAAGGCCGGAGGGACAGACGGGCGCGUCGCGUGCAGAGGCUAGAGGCGCAGGUGGCAGACCGACCGAAGACGAAACACGCAACGAGGAUGAGAGAGGCGACGGCCGCGCGCAGACGCGGAUUGUCCUGGAAGGCGCGCAGGACGGAGAGGCUGAAGCUUCCGUGGACGCGAAAGCUGCGAGUGCUCUACAGCCUGAGGGGAGCGAGGCGCGAGAUCCGCGUGCGCCAGAAGCACAGGAGGCAAGCCUCAGAGCCUUGCGCUCCACGGAGGGCGAGCGAGGCGAGGCGUCGACGCACGAGCUGCAGACCGGUCUAUCGCCUUGCUGUGCGUCGCCUGCGGCUUCAGCGAGUUCGUCUGCUUCCUCUUCCAGUUCGUGGAAGCCGCUCUCCGCCUCGAAAACUGCCGCCUCCUCGCCUUCCAGCCUCGCCUCCUGCCUGUCCUUCGCGCCCGUGUCUGCCCCGCGCGGUCGGCUCACUCCUCCAGUCAGAGAGCUGCUUCGGUUUGCGGCGUGCGGCAUCGCUGCCUGUCCGCGGUGCACGAUGGAGCUGACUGGCGCGGCGAGUGCGAAGCGCGUGCGAGGCGGCGAGGCGGGCGCAGGGGAAGCUCAGGGCUACGCCCAGGAAAGGGUCCAAAGCGACGACGAGGCCGAAGCGACCCCAGAAGAAGCCGAAAGCCCCGUGGCGUGCUCAGAGCGAACCGUGGACAUGAUAGACGACGCGCGCGAGGCUCACGGCGCAGGCCGCCCCUUCGGAAAGGCUGGCGCCGAAGCAGAGGGAGAUGCCUCCGCGUGUUGGUCCUCCUUCGCGUCCUCUGUUGAUGCGCGUUUUUCAUCGCCGGAGGCGUGUUCUGGUUUCUCUCCCGAGGCGGCUUCCGGCUUGAGGGCUUCCUCCGCUGCCUGCUGGCGCUGGAAGCUCGUGGGCAUAAGCGUAUACUUGGGCGGUUUCGCGAGCCGGCUCGAGGCCCGCGCGGUGCCGUCUCUGGCGUCGACGUCCUCUGCUUCCUCUCGCCGCGCGCUCGUCUCUCCAGCUGCGCCCGUGCCUGACGCGCCGACUUCCUCUCCUCCGCGGCGGCGUGCGUCGUCCGCAGCCACGCGGUCGGGGCGGGCGUCGCCGGCGUGUGCUUCCUAUGCGGCUACAGCGUCGCAGGAGGAGGCACACUUCGCUUUGCAGGCCCUCGCAGCGUCGGCGGCGGAGCUGCUGGGGCUCUCUCCCGCCCUGCCCUCGCGCGCGCCUCGCUCUCUUUCCGCUAAAAUGUCUUCUUCGUCUGUUCGCUCCUGCCUGGUCGCUUCGUCUCCCCAGGGCGGCGGUGCGCCGCGUGCUCGAAUAAAAGUCGAGGCACGACCUGCAGUGGCCGCAGCAUACGACCGCUCAGACGAACCGAGAGGGCACAUGAAGGACUCCAGAGAUGACAGAUUCCGAGGGGCGACGAACGAUUCUGCCUGCGCGGCACCCUCGCGCCUUCGCCUGUCUCCGUACGGGGUCCCAGUCUCUCUCAUCGCCGACGCUGGAGCGCACGCGAGCGCCGCCGGUGACGCCUGCGGGGCGAGUGUUUUCGAGGUCGCGCCUCCGCGUCCGCCUACUGGGCAUGCAGGUCCUGCCUCACGUCCUGCCUCCUGUCUUGCCUACGACGUGUUCGCGCCGGCGGGUCGCCUGAGGCCGCCGCCGUUGCCGCAGGCCGCGUCGAGGCGACCGGUGCCCAAAACCCAGAACAGAGCGAGCCGAAAAAGGCUGCGAGAAGAGGAUGACGAAGGCGGAAGUGGGCAGAGGCUCGCAGUCCGUUCGUCCUUCUUGGUGCGGCCUCGCAAUCUGCACUCCUGGCUGUAUGGCGGGCGCGUUCGGGUGCCGCCGCCUCUCGAGCCAACCCGUGAGAAGGCCACGCAGAAGCAAGAGGCGGAGUUCGAGGAGGCCGACACUGCUGCGUCUGCAGAGGGCGAGCCAGGUCCCAGGCAGGCGAUCGACGCGACGGCCUCCGAUGACUUCGGGUUCUGGCAUCCCCGCCGAACGAACGCUGGGUGCGAAGACCGAGCGGGAGAAGGAGAGUGCUCGACGCGGAGAAGGUGCCAGGCGUUGGCGCAAGAGCUGGUGGGGGAAGCUGCGUCUCUCCUGCUCGCCCUCAACAGCGGCGUGGCGGAGGAGUCAGGCGCCGGCGCGGCGCAAGACGCCGAACGCACCAGCGAGCGCGGCGACCCACGGAAUGACCACCACACGAAGCCAGACGCGGCGCGGCUGUAUGCUUGCGUCAGCCUCAUCGGGAAUGUCUUCCUCCAUCUCUACGUCGCGCUACUUCUCGACGAACUCGAUGUGCAGGCGCUUGACACCCGGCAAAAUGUCAUCUGGUCGCGCGCGCUGCAGCCGUCUCUAUCUGAGGAGCUGAGUGGAGCAGCAAGCACGACUCCGAGCGCGAAAACCGAAGCUAGAGAGGAGGAAGGCGAGCGAGAGAGUCUGUCGCCUCUGACGGGCGAACGCUUUGCGUCAGAGCCGCCCGACUCUGCAGCGAAGGCAGCCGAAUCCAGGCCAAAGAGAGCGAGACUGGAAGAUGGAAUCCGUGGAGAAACAAGCGCCGUUCAAAACACGGGAAGGGCUGCCGGCAAAGGCGGAGACGAGGCCCUAACGCCUGGUGAGGACCCACGCGCGCCGGUGGGAGAACAGUCCAUCACAGACGCGCGCCGGGCUCGCAAAGUGGGGGGUGGCUCGUGGUGCCGAGAGUUGAUGAGGCGGAAAGUCCGCGAAGAGGCUGGGCGUUGCGGCCUCUCCGCAUUCUUUCCUGCGUCGCUCACUCAAGAUGAGAACGAGUGGCGCGCUAUGGCCGCCGAGGAGACGCCUUCGCCCGCAGAAUCGACUCCUGCGCCCAUUGCUGCCACGGAGGACGCGAAUCAGGAGCUUCCCCUGUCGCACGCAGCGAGAGAACUUACAUGCAGCGUGAUGAGAAAUAGUAGCGUUCAGUGGAUCCUUCAUAUCCACCUGCAGAGACUGAUGGCGCUUCUUGCGUAG